AUGUAUUCAAAAGUGUACGGACGUCGUUUAAUGAAAAUAGCAGUAACGGAUACAGUUUAUGAACCUGUACUUAAACUCUUCUCCUCACCAGUUAUGUUAGUGUUUAGUCCUGAGGCCAAUGUCAAUGCACUUGUUAAAGCUGCUAAAAAGACGCCUGAAGUAAUUUUAAUGGCUGGCAUACUUGAAGGAAAGUUGUUGAAUCGAACUAAAUUUUUGGAAUACGGAAAUAUGGAUCUAACAUCAGCUCAAGUCGGAUUGGUUUCAGUAUUACAAAGUGCAGGUGGUAACAAUUUGAAUAGGCAACUAACUCAUCAUCAGUCAACAUUAGUAACAAGGUUGGAACAAAUUAGUACAUCGAAAUCAACUUGCGAUAAUAAUGAUUAA